GAGGUCUCGUGAGUGUGAACCGCACAGCCACAAACCAAUGACGCAUCUGCAGGAACAACCAAUCGAACCCUUGCGGCGUUUGUGGCGUUCCAUCUCCAGCCAAACUUCACCUCUAGAAAGUCCAUGCCAAGCAUCAACAUCAACACCUCAAGAAACAGGCAACAAAAACAAUGCAAUCCGAUCGCCGCCGUCUCAACCCUCCAGCAGGAGGCACAGCCCCUCCGAUCUUCGAAUACCCAUCACACAUCACAAGACCUUCAAGGACGCGACAAGCAGAAGAACACCGCAAAAUCUUCCUUCGCACUGGCGUAGUCCCCUCAGCAAGCGGAAGCGCAUAUUAUGAGAUCUCGCCUCAAGACGUGUCAUCAAAAUCGAAAGACGCCAACGCCCUUCUGAUUCCUUUGACUUCUUCUCUCAAAAUCAUCUGCACAGUCCACGGUCCUCGGCCCCUCCCUCGCACCGCAGCUUUUAGUCCCAAUCUCCUCUUGACAACACAUAUCAAAUUCGCGCCAUUCGCGACACGAGUACGGAGAGGCUAUAUUCGCGAUGCAAGCGAGAGGGAUCUAGCGCAGCAUUUGGAGACUGCGUUGAGAGGUGUGAUUAUUGGAGAGCGAUGGCCGAAAGCUGGAUGUGAAGUUGUCGUGACGAUUUUGGAAGGCGAGGAGGAUGGAUUUCCGGAGAUCGGAGGCGAAGGACGGAGUGGAAAGGGAACAGGCUGGGGUCUCAUGAGUGUUCUAGCGGGAUGCAUUACAGUGGCGAGUGCGGCAUUAUGCGAUGCGGGAAUUGAUUGCGUGGAUCUGGUGAGUGGUGGUGUUGCGGCUUUGGUUGAGCGAAAACCUGCAUCGACUGGAAACAGCGAAGGAAAUGCCGAAUUCGUUCUGGAUCCUGCGCCACCGGAGGAAGACAUUCGAGCGGCGUGUGUGGUAGGAUACAUGCACUCACGAGACGAGAUUUCAGAAAUGUGGAUGAAAGGUGAUGCUGGGGUGGAGAGCGAAAAACUAAUUGACAGUGCUGUCAAAGCUGCUGUACUGACAAGAACGGUACUUGCGGAGGCUGUGAAGGAAUCUGCUGAGUUGAAGCUCAAAAAGCUGCCCGAGGCGGCGAAUGGAGCACCACCUGCUGCGGCUGCAGCUGCGAAAGGAAAAGGCAAGGAUGUUACCAUGACGGGAUGAGUGACUGCUGGACUUCGAAAGUAUGAAGCCUUGUCUGGACCUAAGCCUCUGCGAAACAUUGUCAUCGCCAAUGCAGAUCUGUUCGGCUCGACUUCACCUUUUCCAGUGAAUCUCAGCUGGCGUGGAAAGCUGGGUUACGCUCAGAUUUCUGAGGCGACCCACUUCAGAAGGAUACCAGGAAUCAUUCUCACUACCACUAUCACCGGUUGACAUGCAGCCGACGAAGACGAACUUACGAGAUGUUUUUCUCCAAUUCAGGCCGCGAAUGCGCCAUCGGGCAAGCAGGAGAUGACACCAGAAGGCAGCGAGUUCCUGUCAAUGAAAGGGAAGCACGCUGGUCAGUAAACAAUAAAAUCCAGAGGACUCUCCGCAAGUUUGGAAACCGCACAAAGUUCCUGUGCGUAGCGUCGACGAUGCAACAUCGAGUGGUCAUCAGCAUGUAACAACAUAUGCUGCCUACUCGGCAUAGCCAAAUACAACAUUUUCGAUUGUUACGACUUCACCAAACCC